UUGUUAUUAUUCUCUUUAUCCCCCUGCGAAUCCUGGGACUGGGAAUCCGAAUAAUUUUCACUUUUGGGCUCUGCUUCUUAUCUAAAGUUAGAAAAUGGAGUAAAAAAGCUUGCAUCUUUGUAAUCUUUGUAAUCUUUCCGCCCUGUUAAUGCUAGCUUCAGUGAAUGGGUGAAGCAAAAUCUUCUCUUGGGCACCUGUUUUUGUUUUUCUCUCUCUAGCACACACUGCCUAUGGAUAUUGAAUAAUCUAGGGUUUGCAGCAUAUCGAAAGUCCAACCAAAGGUCUGUUCUGUUUUGUUUUAUUCCUCUCCAGUUUCUCCAUUGAUUUUCUCUCUGCGUUUUUCAGUUUUUGGUUUAGUUUCUUCUGAAAUCUGGAUACACACUUGAUACUGGUGCUGUUGUGUUUGAUAAAAUGCUUCCUUUCUUGAAUUCAAUUUCUUGAAUUUGGAUAAAGGUAGUAGAAAAAAGAAAAACUCUGUUGUUGAAAAGAUGAGAUUUUAGUUACUUGUGUAUGUUUGAAGGAGUUAUGGAAGGAAUAUUAGUGGUUGCAGAGUUUCUUUAGUUUUAUGUCUUAGGUUUUAGGAAUUGGAGUUGUUAUUUCAUAGAAAAAAGAAAAAUUUGGGGCUGAAGUUAAGAUGGAGGAGAUUGAGGAAGCUAACAAGGCAGCUGUACAUAGUUGCCAUAGGAUUAUUAGUCUGUUGUCUCAACCUCAUGAUGAGAGCCAUUAUGGAAAGUUAUUGAUUGAAUCUGGGGAUGCUGUCCAUAAGUUCAAGAGGGUUGUUUCUCUGCUGAAUUCUAAGUUGGGUCAUGCAAGGGUGAGAAAGGGCAACAAGACUCAUCAGACCCCUCUCUCCCCGAAAUUUCUAUUGGAAAACCCCGUCACUGGAAAUGAUGAUCGCCCCAAAGCCCUUCACCUUCUCCCGAUCAAUUCACUUGAAAUCCUAAAUCAAGAAAGGAGUUGUACUGUGAAUAGUGCUCUCACAUUGGGGAACCCCCUUUCGCAUGACUUAAAGUUACAUGGUAAAAGCCCUAUUCAAUUACCCCAUUAUACUUCAAUGACAAACUAUCAGUUCCCUAAACAACAACAAAGGCAUGGAGAAAUGAUUUGUCAGUCCAGCAAUAGUGGCAUUAGUCUAAAUUUCGAUAGCACUACUUGCACGCCUACCUUGUCCUCUACACGCUCUUUUAUAUCCUCGCUGAGUGUUGACGGGAGUGUUGCAAAUAUGGAUGGAAGUGCUUUUCGUUUAAUCGGGGCCUCUUGCUCUGGGGAUCAGAGUACAUUUCAACGCAAGAAAAGGUGUUCUGGUAAAGGAGAGGAUGGGAGCGUGAAAUGUGGAAGCAGUGGCAGGUGCCACUGUUCGAAGAAAAGGAAACAAAGGGUAAAAAGAACAAUAAAAGUUCCUGCUAUCAGUAACAAGCUUGCUGAUAUUCCCCAAGAUGAGUACUGUUGGAGGAAGUACGGCCAGAAGCCAAUCAAAGGUUCUCCUCACCCAAGAGGAUACUACAAAUGUAGUAGCAUGAGAGGCUGCCCUGCAAGGAAGCAUGUGGAAAGAUGUUUGGAAGACCCUUCGAUGUUGAUUGUUACUUAUGAAGGAGAGCAUAACCAUCCCAGGUUGGCGUCACAAUCAACAAACACAUGAAACUCGAAUAACUGGUGGCGAGUUUCAUAAGGAUAUGACAAACCCUUUAAACUUUGUGGUCGGUUUAGGCUAUUGCAUAUCAGUGUACAGAUUUUGCUUGUUUAGAGUUGGGGAGUUAUGGUUCAAAGGUAUAGGCUUUUCCUUCAUGGUAUUAGAAAGGUAAAAUCUCAUGGCAAAAAUUUUCUAAUGGAAAGCUCAAAGCUGUUUUGUUGGUAGUGCAAUUGAAUUAUUUCUGUUUUU